AUGCUUCACAACUUCAAUGUAGCCGGUGCUCCGAUUACCGUAUUUUUGACGGUACUUAUUGAUGUCGAUUUAUUGAAGGAUCAAAAAUGCGCCCUUGCCGUAGCUUACCUAAUCACGGCUUUCGAAUUCUUGACGGCAAUCAUCACGAUAGUUCUAUUUGUCCCAUUUAUCCGUAUGAUAGCACAUUCGGCCAUUUUUCAUUCGAACCUCACCCGUAUAUUUCUGUUUAUUGCCAUCAAUAUGUGGUUCUUGGAAUUCGCUGCUUUACUUUUGAUACCAUAUCGAUUGAAAUUCUUUCCGAUAUCUGUGGCCUGGGAUUUGUUGGCGUUUCUAUUAUCCGUGUACUGCUUCUUCGUCGUGUUUGUUGAAGCUCUUAUCGUACCUCAAUUCACCAUUGAGAGGAUGUUUGCUACACACUACGUCUCCAAUUACGAACAACAUAAAUGGCCAACAAUCUCAUCAACAAUUAUCCUCUCCGUGAUUUUGAUUAAUGGAUUCGGAGCAUGUUUUAUGACAUUAGCAUUUGCCUAUGCUAUGGUUGCAACAAUCGCAGUGGCCGCUCCUAUUUAUUUGGCACUAUCAGCUGGAACCAUCUUGGCAUACAAGCGCUUGCACACCUACAACGAGGAUCUAUCGACUAGGCUGACCCGAGAUGAUAUCGGCUGGGAGUAUAAUUUAUCUUUACGGUUUCAAGUUGAUGAAAAUCUACGUUCCUUAAAGCUACUUCACAAUCUGCUCAUCGUUCUCUCGGGGCUGAACUGCUUUGGAGCGCUGUUUGGCGGCUUGACCUUUGGAGUCUUUGCCCUCGAUUCCACCCCGGCACAGUUAUUUGGAGGGUUAUUUGAGCUGUGGAUUGUGUCGUACAGCCCGAUAUUCCUUGUCGUUGUACUAUGGUCGGUUGAGGAAUGGCGACACGAAUACUCGAAUUAUUGGAGGGUCACGCUCCACCUCCUCCCCCAAGUGAUACGCCCAGAAAAGCCAAAUCGCGACGUCGAAGCCGAACAAUACUUUCUGUACUAUAGACAGUCAUGGGGC